AAUGGAUGUGAUUUCAUUUUUUCCCCCCCUUCCCCAUUGUGGUGCAUGAAUUCAUCUUCAACGUGCUCCGGCUGGCGUUUGGAAGUAGUUCCGGUGGCUUCAGAAGGCGAGCGCAGCGCACAGAGCCCGGAGCUUCGUGCCGGCGUUCAGCGCGAAGGCUAAAAAUCGCGGGGUCGUUGUCCGCCCGUCGCGACCACGCGAAUGACCCGCAGCCUGCGGUCAGUCCGCCCGCUCGCACGGCUCCGCGCGGGCCGCCCCGUGGUGGUGCUGGUGGUGGGUGGGGGGCGGAGGACGGCGUCCGUCCACCGCCGCAGCUUUUGUCCUCGAUCGGGGGAUUUGUCCAGUUUUGGGGGGAAUAAGGCGUGCGUACAACAACAACAACAACAACAACAACAAGAGGCACGCACUCAACAGUGAGCCGGUUUUCACGGUGCAGCCUACGAAUCAGAGUGUGUUCGGAAUGCAGCAUCUUUGCUCCAGCGAUGAGUAACAGCUACGUGACAUUCUGGGUCCAGCAGUGACACAUCCACGGAUGUGCUGUGACUGACGGCAGCGCAUAACAUUGCAGCGGCCAUUGCCGCGGCUAAAUGAAGGACUCGUGAGGAUGCACGAGGGAAGGACGCUACCUCUCACUUCGGUGACUUCCCCAAAUGCUUUGGCCCAAAGAAAGAUGGAAAGAGUGAGAAGAACCUGAGCCAUCGCGAGCACAUCGCCCGUCCAGUGAGCCACCGGGAGGCCCUCCACACGCCACGUCGCUGAGCCUCCCCCCCCCCCACCUCCUCCCUCGACCUACGUGAGCCAUGACCUCUGAGCUGGAGAGCAGCCUGACCUCAAUGGACUGGCUCCCCCAGCUCAGCAUGAGGGCGGCCGUCCAAAAGUCCGACGCGGGCCACCACCACCACCACCACCACAGUCAUUACCAUGGACAGCAUCACGGCCUCCAUCACGGGCUCCAUCACGGGCACGCGGCUGGCAAGAAAGUCGUCCACCUGGACCCGGGAACCACGCUGGACCAGGAGGAGGCGGCGCAGCACAGAGACGGUAAACCGCCCUACAGCUACGCCAGCCUGAUCACCUUUGCGAUCAACGGCUCGCUGCGCAAACGGAUGACGCUCAGCGAGAUCUACCAGUGGAUCUGCGACAACUUCCCCUACUACCGAGAGGCGGGCAGCGGCUGGAAGAACUCAAUACGACACAACCUGUCCUUGAACAAGUGUUUCCUCAAAGUGCCUCGCUCCAAAGACGACCCUGGAAAAGGUUCGUACUGGGCCAUAGACACCAAUCCUAAAGAAGACACAGUGCCCAGCAGGCCAAAGAAGAGGCCGCGCUCCGGCGAGAGGGCAUCAACUCCGUACAGCCUGGAGUCAGAGUCUCUGAGAAUGGACUGCAUCAUGUCAGGGAGGGCGUCCCCGACUCUGGCCAUCAAUGCCGUGACCAACAAGGUUGCACUGUACAACUCUGAGGCAGAAGGCAGCGAGAGUCCUGGUAGUCUGGGCAGCUUGAGCAACAGCCUUUCAGAGCCCAGUUUGGCAUCCGUCAACCAUAACAACCUGAACCCGGCCGUCAGUGGCGUACACGGCUACACAGCAGUGAGUAGCCACCCGGAGCCUUCGUCCCAGUCCAUGAGUCUCCAGCAGGCCGCCCAGCCGCCGCCGCCCCCCCCUCAGCCCCAGUACGACCUGCCCAUCCUGGAGUCCCGGGACAAGCCGCUCUGUUUCUCGGACUCCGAGGACCUCAGCUCUUCCUUCCGCAGUCUUUACAAGUGUGUCUUCGAGCAGUCCUUCUCGCAGCAAGGAGGUUUGAUGGGGAUGCCUGGCGAUUCCAACCAGCAGGCCCGGACCGCGUGCUCCUACCAACACUCUCCUGGGGCGGGGAACGGCGGUUGCCACCACCACCACCAACAACAACAACAACAACAACAACAACACAACCACGGUCAGGCGUCACACCACCCCCACCACCCUCAGCAGCACCUCCCCCCUCACUCCGCCCACAGCCAGCACCAGCCGCACAGUCAGCACGGCCAACACCCACAGCGCCCUGCUCAUUCCCAGCAGCACCCGCCCCUCUCCCACCAGAGUCACACUGGACAAACGUGCCCCUCGGCAGGCAUGUCGUCUGACUGGUACCCCAACCUGGACUGGCUGAAGGAGAGCUGCCACAUUGCUACCAGCUACAACUGGGCUGACGUAGACCUCUCCCCGUUUCAAGGCCUGAAGGAGAGCAUGCGGCAGGCGGAGCUCAACAACUGGUCGCUGGACGCCGCCCAGGUGGCCGACCUGUGUUCCUCCGUUAACCAGUUCUUCGCGGCCACGGGGGUUAUCCCACCGCAGGGCGCCGCCCACCCACAACCUCAGGCCCCGCACCCAACGCCAGCCGGAGCGCCGCAGCACCCGAAGGCCAGCCAGCACAAUCAGCACGGUCACCACAACCACCACAACCAACACAUCAGCACAGGGAACCUGUACAUCGACUCGAGACAGAGCAUCUCCUCUCUGAUGGGCCCACCAGGGUACCCCCACAUGCCUCCCAUGAGCAACACAGCUCCCACCAUGACAGGUCAUCUCAGCCAGCUGAACCAGCAGCAGCGGCAGCAGCAGCACAGGCUGCCUCUGGGACACUUCCAGGUGAGACGCAUGCUGGCCGCGGACGACAUCCAGGACGACUUUGACUGGGACUCCAUCGUCUAAACUUGGCCGCGGGUGAAGUCUUUAGAGACUGGAGAUGAGACGCGGGUGACAGGUGAGUGUGGAACUAGCAGACAACCCUUUCACCUGCGUGGAAAAAGAAACCCAGGACAAUCAAACAGAAAACGGACAGAAGGUUAUUUUUCUGAUCCUGCUGGACUGGAUGUUGAAUCUAAGGACUAUCAUUCAAAACAAUGAGACUUACACAGGAUUGGACCAAGAAGAGAUGCAAAAAUGAAGUCUGAAGCUCUAAGAAUUGCCCCACGUCGUGUCCCCCAGUGCCAACAGGGUUACACGUGUCAAUUUGUUGGUGAAUUGGUUUUUUUUGUGCCGUAUCUGCAAAAUUCCAGCGCCUGUGCCUGAAGUGAAUAGAAACUUUGUUUUUUUGUCGAAACUCCUUGCAGAAAAUCAUCUCUCACACACACACAUUCAACAAACUAUUUCAUCCUUCUUGUAUCUGGGCAUCUGUGUUCCCUCUUUGCAGCCUACAUAUAGAAGGAUGAUUUACGAAGAGGAAAGUAGUAAUUGUGCAGCUCGAGUCAGUGGUUGAGUGAAGCAUCACCUGCUGGUUAAAACUGGCACCAUAAAAGCUUCCGUUGCCCCCAAAAAGUUCUAUGCACCACAAUCCGCUCUUAAUGUUUGUUCUGUCACAUUGAAGUCUAAACUUUUAGUUCAGUGUUGUUGUCGUCGUCGUGUGUUUGUGUGCGUGUCCAUGGUGCCAUGUUCUCAGGGCGUUUACAUUCACAUACCACAUCAGACCAACGCAAAGCCGUUCACGCGUCCGUACGUGAGCUUCGCUGUCUGUUGUUCGCUUCUGUCGGCGAUGACCCGAUUCAAACCCUCAUUGGUCAGCUUAUAAGCUAACGGAUGGAAAAUAGUGUGGAAGAGGCUUUUCAGUUGCUCAAUCAAGCAAGCGCUAAUUAAGAUAAAAGUGAGACGCCGGCAAGAGUUGGACUUUGGCAGCGAGGAUACAAAUCUAUUUCCACGUUUCAUGGUUCUGUCGUUUUGGGAAAGUGCAUAUUAUCACUUAUGACCGGGCAGAGAAGGUCCGGACUCAAGAUGCCUCGCUUAGGAGACGGCUAGCAGUUUUUGCACAGGACCAAACUUGGUAGGAUCUAGCUAACAGAAAUAAAAGAAAAAACAUCAAGAUUAUAUUUCUUUAAAAGGCAUUUAAAAAAAAAAAAAGAAAUAGAUCAGUGAAAACUAAACAAAGGCUCAACUUUUCUUACUGUGAUGAUUAAUUUUGUCUGUGUGUACAAGUGUGUAUAGUCUUCUCAGAUUGCAUUGAACAAACAGCUCCGUACAGCUCAAAAAAUAUUCAUAGGAUAUAAAAAGUAAUUUGUUGGUAUUAUGUGGGUACAAAGUGAAAUUUGGGACUUUAAAGUGCUCUUUCUUUUAGAGGAUCUCAGUGAUUGUUUCGAAUGGUCUAAACAAGGUCUCAUAGUGAAAAAAAAAUUAAAAAAAAUCUUUAUUAUUGCCACUACAUGCUGUAUAACAGUGACCAGCAUAUAUAUCUAGUAUGUUUGUGUGUUGUUGUCCCUGUAAAUAACAAUACGUUACUCCUAUGUUUGCCCUCGAAAAACACAGACUGAAAAAAGAAAACAGCAAAUGGAGAGAAAGUAUUUUGUUAUCUGUCCUUCAGGAGACACCGUAUGUACAUAUCUUCAGUAUAUUGUAAAUAAGUGGUAAAAAAUGGCAUUGGCGUUUCGUGUGUUAUAAAUAAUCUGUGUAUGGCAAUCUAACAGUUCAAAUCUGUUUCAGUGUUUAUUAAAAUGUCAUCAACCGUUUUUACUGCGCAAA